CCUCCGACCCGCCGGGGUCACGCAGGCGCUGCGCGGGGGCCCUGGUCACGUGAGAUUCGAUUCCCUCUACCUACGGGUGUUGUUGCUAGGAGAGGGCUCCCCGCGCUGGGGCCGCAGCCUCGUUUCGCUGAAGAGUUUUUCAGAAUGGGCCUUAGGAGGUUUAUCCAAGCCUCUUAUUUCCAAUGUGCCAGAACAUCAGGAAUCCUAAAGCAUGUACGAUACAAACCUCCAAGUUUGGUACAGUGGAGGCAUUCUGGAUCAAGUCUCUAUAAAGCUGUAAUUUUUGACAUGGGGGGAGUUCUUCUCCCUUCCCCUUACCGGAUGGCUGUAGAAUGGGAGGUGCGGAAUCGUAUUCCACCUGGCACUAUCAAACAAGCCUUAAUAUCUGGAGGGGAGAACAGGCCCUGGCUGAGGUACAUGAGAGGGGAGCUGACAUCAGUGGAGUUCUUGCAAGAAUUUGGACAGCAGUGCUCUGAGAUUGCAAACUUCUCUGUUCCAGUGGACUCCUUUCUCUCUGACCUAACCAGUAGUCAGAUGUCAAAACAGCUCCCCAUUAUGACUGAAGCAUUAGAGUGUAUCCGGGCAGAAGGUCUUAAGACAGCUGUUCUAAGCAACAACUUCUACCUUCACAGUGGGGUGAGCUUUUUGCCCCUAGACCGAAACCAGUUUGAUGUGGUAAUUGAAUCUUGCCGGGAAGGGAUAUGCAAACCAGACCCUCGUAUCUAUACGUUAUGCUUGGAGCGCUUGGGUGUUCAGCCAAAGGAAUCCAUCUUCCUUGAUGAUAUUGGGCAGAACUUGAAAGCAGCCGCCCAGCUUGGCAUUAACACAGUGAAGGUUGAUGACCCAGAAGCAGCUGUCAAAGAGUUAGAAACCUCCUUGGGCUUCCCUUUGCGAGGAUUUGUUCCACAGACUUGCUUAGUGAGACCAACAAUGGAAAUUCCAAAAGGUCCCCUACAGAAGUACCUGGAAGAGGUCCUAGGUGGCCAGACAACUGGUCCUCUGAUAUUACGACAGUUCAGUCAUGGACAAUCUAACCCCACUUACUAUAUCAAGUUUGGGGAUCGUAACUUAGUCCUGAGGAAGAAACCUCCUGGCAGCCUACUUCCGUCUGCUCAUGCUGUGGAGAGGGAGUUCAGGGUAUUGAAGGCUCUUACUGAGGCCGGAGUUCCUGUUCCUAAAGUGCUCGCACUCUGUGAAGAUUCAAGUAUCAUUGGCACUCCAUUCUAUCUGAUGGAAUACUGCACCGGCCACAUCUACAAGGACCCCUCUCUUCCUGGCUUGGACCCUGGCCAGCGGAAGGCUAUUUACAUGGCUAUGAACAAAGUCCUCUGUAAAAUCCAUAGAGUAGACCUCAAAGCGGCUGGACUGGAGGAUUAUGGGAAGCAUGGUAACUAUGUUCAACGGCAAGUUCAAACCUGGACGAAGCAGUAUAGAGCCACAGAAACCCACGCUAUUCCUGCCAUGGAGAGACUCAUUGAGUGGCUCCCAUUGCAUCUCCCAGGGAACCAGAAGACCACAGUUGUGCAUGGAGAUUUCAGGCUGGAUAACCUGAUUUUUCAUCCAGAGGGUCCAGAAGUCCUUGCUGUUCUCGACUGGGAACUUUCUACCUUAGGAGAUCCCAUCUCAGAUGUGGCGUACAACUGCAUGGCCCACUAUCUGCCUUCUCACUUUGAUAUAUUGAAAGGUUUGAAGGACUGUGAUGUAAUGCAGUUGGGAAUUCCCACAGCAGAGGAGUAUUUUCAGAUGUAUUGUGGGCACAUGGGAAUUCCACCCAUUGAGAACUGGAAUUUCUACAUGGCCUUUUCCUUUUUCAGAGUGGCCGCGAUCUUGCAGGGUGUGUACAAACGCUCGCUCACAGGUCAAGCAAGCUCAGCCGCAGCUGAAAGUGGCGGAAAGCAGGCGGAGUCCAUGGCCAACUUAGCAUGGGACUUUGCUACAAAAGAAGGAUUUCGAGUGUUUAAAGAAUGUCCAGCUGCAAAACCUUUAGCAAGACCUUACAGUACCUGGACCAGGAAUGGGGCAUUCUCCAGGAGAAACUAUGUCACUAUGGCACCUUCCACACCAGCUCACACUUCCAAAGCUCAUCUGAUUCUUUCUCCUGACGGCCUUCCCGGGAGAGCCCAGGAUCUUUACCAUAAGCUGAGGAGAUUCAUGGAUAUGCAUGUCUAUCCUGCCGAGCAGGUUCUGAGAGAUCAUCAGGUUUCACAGUCUAGAUGGACUCCACAUCCUCUUAUAGAAGAGCUGAAGGACAAGGCAAAGUCUGAAGGAUUGUGGAACCUUUUCUUACCCGUGGAGAAUGAUCCAGAAGUGAAAUAUGGAGCAGGCCUCACAAACCAAGAGUUUGCCCAUUUGUGUGAGCUCAUGGGAACAUCACUGUUUGCGCCUGAGAUAUUCAACUGCUCUGCCCCUGACACUGGGAACAUGGAGGUGCUGGUCCGAUAUGGGACGGAAGAGCAGAAGGAACGCUGGCUGCAGCCUCUGUUGGACGGGAAGAUACGUUCGUGCUUUGCUAUGACUGAGCCACAGGUUGCUUCAUCUGAUGCCACCAACAUCGAAUCUUCAGUCAUAGAAGAAAAGGGUUUCUACGUUCUAAAUGGGCAUAAAUGGUGGAUUUCAGGGGCUCUGGAUCCUCGUUGCCAGCUCUGUGUGUUUAUGGGGAAGACCGACCCUGAAGCCCAGCGCCACAAACAGCAGUCAAUGCUCUUAGUUCCCAUGGACACUCCAGGCAUAACAGUCACCAGGCCUCUCAGUGUAUUUGGCGAAGAAGAUCCCCCAGCUGGCCAUGGGGAGAUCUUCUUUGAAAAUGUGCGAGUGCCCAAAGAAUAUAUCCUGCUGGGACCUGGCCGAGGCUUUGAAAUUGCACAAGGGAGACUAGGGCCUGGACGGAUCCACCACUGCAUGAGGCUCAUGGGCUAUUCCGAAAGGGCGCUGGCGCUCAUGAAGGAGCGAGUGACGUCUCGUGUGGCCUUUGGGAAACCCCUAGCCGAACAGGGCACUAUCCUGGAAGACAUUGCCAAGUCCCGCGCUGAGAUUGAGCAGGCCCGGCUUCUUGUCCUGAAGGCUGCCCUCCUCAUGGAUACAGCUGGCAAUAAGGCAGCGGCUCUAGAGAUCGCCAUGAUCAAAAUGGUGGCUCCAUUGAUGGCUCUGCGGGUUAUUGAUCGUGCUAUCCAGGCCUUUGGAGCGGCAGGUCUCAGUAACGAUUAUCCACUGGCCCAGUUCUUUGCCUGGGCGCGAGCCCUGCGUCUCGCCGACGGACCCGAUGAAGUUCACAGGACAGCAGUCGCUAAAUUGGAGCUGAAACGCUAGCCCUGGCCCGCUGUGAAAAACAACCACUGGGAUGCGGAAGAGGAAUUCCCAUCUGCAGCCUUAGGAUGUGUGGUGGGGGUACUCUGAUUAACACAGUGUGUUUGGGGGUGGCAAUAGCUCUUUAAUUUCAAUGUCCUUGCAGAUUGCCAGACCCCUUGAGGCAGAGACAACAUGCUCCCCACUUGGUUUAAUGCUGGGCUUGCUUGAUGGUGGAACAAAAAGCAGAAAAUGUGUCCUUGAGCCACACACAGUGGCCUUGCUCCAGGCUGCGGUGGGGCUGGCUGCACACCCCUGCAAGUUCCAGCCCUGCUCUCAGGCUUCCUGGUCUAGCAAGUGGUCAGCCUUCAGGGAUGGAGAGGAAAGAGUUUGUCACCCAGCAGCAGCCCCUCCAGGGGCCUGCUCUGGAAAGACUCGUUGACUUCAGUGGGGAUUCGAUCAGGCCCCAGUUGGCUGAGAGGUGCUGACUGGUUCGAAAGGAACCCUGCUCUUCUUUGGAAGGGACAGAUGCCCAGGCUGGGGUGAAGUCGGGCGGGGAACUGGCUGGCUCCUGAGGACUCUGCCAAGGAAGUAGAGCUCUAGUUCUAUGAUUUGCUGUGUAUGGGGCGUGGGGGUUGCCAUUUUCCACCUGCGUACACUUGGUUACACUUUUGUAAUUCACACCGCUCUGUAGAGGAAAAAAGAAUCAUGGAAGGAGUCGCGCUGAUUUCUAUGCUAUUCAUUAGUGAUGUCAGAUCAAAUCAGAACAAAAAUAAUGGACCCACUUCCUUGGGUGUGCCCCUGUCAUGAGACCUC